GGACACUGCGCUGGCGUUUUUGCAGCGGCCGCCCGAUAACGCGCGCAGACUUAAACCGGCCGGGCGGCGCGGGCUGAGCGGCGGCCGUCAGGGCUGGCCGGACGGUGCGGGUCGUGACUCCGCGAGCGGACGACGUCAGCGGGCGUCACCGCGGCUCGGCACGCCGCACGGGGUGGCCGCGCGUGUCGCGUGCGUCAUUAGCAGGCGUCGCAGCUGUCGGCCCAGUCAGCGACACUCAGCACCCAGCAGCGCGCGCGAUGAGGCGAUAAUGGGCGAACGUCCGUGGCGCAAACGGGAAACAGAAAUUGACAUUGGCGCUCCAAUUUCGUCUCAGAGAAUGCAUUAAUGUAAUGAAACGUGUAAAUGAAUGGAUGUAUUGGUAGUAACAUCGACACCAUUUCAGGAAAAGUCAUCCGAGCAGACCGAAGUUUCUUCGUGUCUUGACACCGCAAAGUUCGGCUAUGGGUGUUGUAUGCUCUGCACCGGUGCAUUCUCACAAUGUGCUCUCUCCCUCUGUUUGGCAGGAUAUCGCUGACACUGUCGUGUCCGAUGGACCUGAAGCUCUAUCCGCUCGACAAACAGACGUGCUCGCUCAAAAUGGCCAGCUAUGCUUGGAAGACGGAUGACUUGAUAUUUGUGUGGAAGGAAGAUGACCCAGUGCAAAUUGACGACGGUCUUCAUCUGCCAAGGUUUACACUGGAGAAAUUUCAGACCGCCUAUUGUAACAGCAAAACAAACACAGGCGAGUACAGCUGCCUGACGGUGGACCUGCUGUUCAAGCGCGAGUUCUCCUACUACCUGAUCCAGAUCUACGUGCCCUGCUGCAUGCUGGUGAUCGUGUCGUGGGUGUCGUUCUGGCUGGACCAGAACGCCGUGCCGGCGCGCGUCUCACUGGGCGUCACCACGCUGCUCACCAUGGCCACCCAGACGUCCGGCAUCAACGCCGCCCUGCCGCCCGUCUCCUACACAAAGGCCAUCGACGUGUGGACCGGCGUGUGCCUCAUGUUUGUGUUCGGCGCCAUGCUCGAGUUCGCGCUGGUCAACUACGCCAGCCGCUCGGACAUGCACCGCGAGACGCUGAAGCGGGGCCGGCGGCAGCAGAUGGAGCUCGAUCACCAGACGGCUCUGGGCGAGCUGGGCGACCACACGGACGACGGACAGACUGCCUACGCCAUGAAACCUCUAAUGCAUCGAGGAGAGAGGCGAUUCGACAAGGGCGCGCGACACUGCGAGAUCCACAUGCAAGUGGGGAAAAAGCAGGGCUGCUGCCAAAGCUGGCUCUCAAAAUUCCCGACGCGCUCAAAGCGGAUAGACGUGAUCGCUCGUAUCACCUUUCCGCUAGUGUUUGCCUUCUUCAACCUGGUCUACUGGUCGACGUACAUCUUCCAGGAUGACGACGACAGGCCCAAGGCCAGCCCGUAGAGGGCUAGGCUCUGCCUCUGCCGAAGCCGGGCUGGACGGUGGUCGCCGAGGCGGAUUCCUCCAGGGUCCAGCCGACAUUCACAUUCGCACACGCAUAGACGGGCCAGUGUUGGAGUUGGGACCCGCUUUCUCUGUGUGAAGUGAAUAUUAUUGAUGGAUCGGACACUCGGACAGGAGAGGGACAGACGGAGCGUGUCAGGUGUAUGCUGGGGAUAAUGGGAGGGACCUCUUGUGGGGUGAGCUCCUGCGAGAGAGCUCUUCUCACGUUCGUGGCGUCUGCUCAGCUGAAAAAGUUGCGAUCUGGGUCGGUGUCGAAAUGUCUCUGAUCGCACGCGAUUUUCAGCCACUUUUACACCGGAGAGCGUGUUUUCGUUCUUGUGUGCACACCUCCCACGCGGCGGGCAUCACGCGUGGCCGUGAGUGGCACGUACUACGUGCGCCCACGUGUGCGCCACGUGCUGGUUGUCGAGGAUGCCUUCAGCGAUGUGAGCGUGUGUGUUUGCAUUCACUGUGCUUUGUGUCGAGUAGGAGGAACAUUUGUACAGUCUGUCUUAAAAGUACCGCGCAAAGUGGCGGUGGAUCCAUCAAGCCUGACCGAGAAAGGGCCUGUUUUAAUUUAAAAGUCACCGACCAAUUGACCUAGGGAAUGGAUAAGGAUGUCAGUUGCUUCAGUGACCCAAAUUCAGCAGGCCCUUGCUCAGUCAGGCUCGAUGGAUCCAUCGUCACUUUGCGCGGUACUUUUAAGACAGACUGUACAAGAGAGUGCUGAUAAGCUAUGUCGCGGAGAGAAAGAGAAAGAGAGACUGCAUGCGAAGAGGCAUGAGUGCGCUUGUCUUCUGCAGUGAGAAAUGACACAUCCGCCACCUUGUGAUAUCCAUUGACUUGUUACUCAUGUGUGUGGGCCAGUCCGCGGCCAAGGGGUUCUCUUGUGGUCGCGAUCAUUUUCACAGUGUGAGCUGCUGCACGAACUAGUACGGGCUGAAGUGAGAGUGGCGUAGACUAUGUAGUAGGGCGGAUCGUGCUGCUCGUGGAAGGUAUUCUAGGUAGAGGGAGGGCGAUUUGCGACGUCGCUGGCGCGGGCACUGGAUGCGCCGGCUCGACACUGUGUCAUGCGGACACCUUGGCUUGAGGCGGAUUACUUGGCGCUUGCUGACUGUUCUGUUUGUACUGGUUGAUGUGGGUGCGUGCUUAGGUUAUACGCUAGCGGUGCGCAAAGUGUGGUGAGACAAGCGCUCAUUUGCUCACAAGGAGGUAUGUUUUCAAUGACAGCUGUUUGUGUGUUGAUCGGUGCUUACAUUGUUCUAUCAUGCUUGCAGGUGCACAUUUGUCAUAUACUCCGCUUCGGAAGGUUGUGGGUUUGAUUGGAGAUUUUAUUCGAUGGUGUAGCAUGCGAUGCAUUACUGGCGCCUUAAUAAUUAUUAAGGCGCCAAGUCAGUUUAUUUUCACACAAAAAGAAAAUCAUCGAGUCGCUUUACCUCAUUGAUUACCACCCACGACCUUUUCUGCAUCGAAAGUGGCUGAUUCCAGAAACGUAGAAUGAUGCAUGGACGCACCUACACAUGCAGCCGGACACAAAUGCAGACAUUUGACCCCAUUUCGCAACAAAUGAGUAUCUUUGGUUUUAUCGGUGCUUUUUCGGCGUCCAGCCCUCUGGCUCUAAAUCUUUUCAAGUGCUACUAUAAUCAGCUGCUGAUAGCUGUUGGGCCUCUUGCUCUCACACUGGCCUAGUUUAUGUAUAGAGAUCUCGAAGGUAUGCUAGAGUCGCACUUUGUUACGUGAAGUUAAUUUCUGAGAUUAUCUAUUUAAGCCGUUAUCCAAAUCACAGAUCUGAAUCAUCUCAACCGUUUGGAAUUCGUUCUCCCCUUGAAAACUCUCAGCUAUGAUCAUAUUUAAACAGUGAAACGACAGUGUAUGUCGUUAUACUAGGCAAGAUGGUCCGAAUUUGCUAAACUGUUAUUGCUACAGCCGUUGGGCUAGCACAAGGAACAAAGUUUGACCUUUUGGGACUUCCCCGCCAUGGACAUGGACAUUGGGCUAUCAGACGGCAUCCUGAGAAGUAGAAACCGUCUGUAUUAUGUGUUACCAACGUCACGACAGUUGCAGUUGAAGUUUGAAUAAAAAUAUAUGAAAUAUUUUAUUGAAUGUCGAUAAAAGGUCGCUAAAACAACCGAACAUGACGUUAGGGAUGGUUUAAACAUUUUGGAACCAGCAACCAAAAAGCUGUAUCAACUUACUUUCCCAUGACCGACUCGAGGCAUGAACCACACCUUACCACCGCUCAAGCCGCCGGCUUGGACCGCUCUCAUAUCAUCCGCGCGCCGGGCUGCCCCGUACCGCCGUCGUCGCGCCGCUUGUGUCUGGGUUGUUGGCUGCUGCGCCGAGUAUGUGCUCUCUAGAGGUGGCAAAAUGUGGACCCGAGGACCCGGUCCAAAGAACCAGUCUGGACCCAUAUGGGUCCAGACCGGUUCCUGGAAAUUUUCUGACGGGUCCAACCGGGUCCUACCAUAAACUAUACAACUUGCACACUACACAUUAUUGCAAAAUAUGAAGUGAAUGAAGUGAAUGUUUCUUUGCACACAGUAGCUCAUGAGUAUUCCCAGUGGGAAAUAGGCUGUUUUACAUGAUGCAACUAAUGAUACCUACAAGUAGUUUGUAUUAAUUGACUUUUGGGGAACGGGUCCAACUGGUUCCGAUUCCAACUAAGACCGGGCCCGACUGGUUCCAGAAAUGUCCAGCCGGGUCUGGUUCGAGUCUGGUUCCCAAAAUUUUCAUCUUUUGCCACCUCUAGUGCUCUCUGCGACUGCGCGCCGCUGAGGGUGUCAGUGUCACGCUGAGGGUGUCGGUGUCACGCUGGGUGUCAGGGUCGGACGGGUGUCAGAUCGGGUGUCGGGUGUCGGCGCGCGGUCAGACCGGGCUGCGGACACGACACGAGUCGCUCUCCGAUCAGUGGAAAUGUCGGUGAUCGACUAUGUAUUAUAUGGUGAUUCUGAUGCUUGGUGAGACUUUUAAUAAAACUGUU